AUCCUGGCCGCUGGGCUACUUCGGCGCCCCGAAAUUACGAAUCAGGCCCAAUGUUUUGGCCUUCGCUUUGCCUCCUUUGUAUAGCAAAUUUGCGCGGCCUUUUCUGGGCGUGUCGCAUAGCUGCCGAGCCUAUCCCGAGGGCCGCCCUGUUUGGGAAGCGCGA